UUAUUUUUCAAUAGUCAUAUGUUACAGAAAGAUGAAAAAUUGCUGGAUAAAGUACGGUUAGAGGAUUAACAAUGGGGAAUGGACUAUGUGGAGGUGGCUCACCAGUGAAUAAUGAGUAUGAUGAUGUAGUUAUUAGAUGCACAACAGAUGCAGAAAGUUGGGAUAACUUGCCUACCAAAAUCCUUAGAAUAAUUUUACAGUAUCUUGAAGUUGAUGACCUAAAGCAUCUGCGGCUGGUCAGCUGGAAUUACAAGCAGAGAAUAGAUCAAGUCAAUGAAACAUUCACCCACUGGGUUUUAGGAGACUUGGAGUCAGAGAAAUUGAUUCAGUUCUGUGAUGAUGUUCAGAAGGUGCAAGGCUUGUCAGUAGAAAACCUGAUAGGUGACCCACAAAGCUGUAAUCUAUGUGUUCACUAUCUAGCAAAGUCUCACCGCGAACUGGUGACCCUGUUCAUGGAUUCUCUAUAUGGGAAUCCAGGAGGGAUGUCUGAUGAAGGUUUAAAUGAUGUUCUGUCUCUAGAAAAUCUGAAAUUUCUGAAGCUGUAUAAUACUUCCAUAACUGGAGAUAGGUUAGACUCAGGUCUAGGACGGUCUAGCAGUCUAGAGACCUUUUCCUUGAUAAACAGUCAUCAAUUGACGGACCAUGGACUCUCAAAAAUACUGGGGGUUAUUGGAGAAAAUCUGAAAGCUCUAAAUCUGAGAUCUACAGGGAUCACUGGAGAGUUUAAUUUCAUCACUAGCCUAACCAACCUUACAGAGCUUAAACUCUAUUAUUGUUGGAACUUGACAGAUAAAGGACUCAAUCAGAUUCUUAAAAUAUGCAACCAUGAUAAACUGUCUCAUCUUGAUAUAGGAUGUAGUAGUGUUACAGGAGAGGGACUGUCUGAACUUACUCAGAGUUUUAACAAGGUGAAACGUAUAAAUUUUGAAUAUGGAUCAAAUCUAACUGAUAAAGGGUUGUGUCAAAUAUUCCGUGUGUUUGGUGGAUCUUUAAAGAGCUUAGAUCUGAACAAUUCAGCCAUAAUUGGAGAAGGGUUAUCAGAGUUCACUGAAACAUUGUCAAACUUACAGGAUUUAUAUUGUUAUGAUUGCUCUGAUUUGACGGAUAAGGGGCUUUGUGAGAUAUUCAGAAUAUGCGGAGACUCACUUGUAUCAUUUAAAGCAUUCCUAUGUCCUGGAAUAUCUGGUGAAGGAUUAGAUGGUUUUCAGGGUGUUUUACCCAGGCUGGUAAAACUAGACUUGUCUCACACAAAUCUAAAUGAUGACGGUCUAGUACAGAUUAUAAGGAUAUGUGGACCCAAUUUGCUAGCUCUUGAUAUUGGUGAUACCAAAGUUACUGGAGAGGGACUUCAUGGUUUUGAAAUAUUAGACACUGUUAUUGAACAUCUUAACCUAAACUCUAUUCCAACAUUGACCGAGGGUGGAUUAGCAGAGAUAUUCAGAGUUUGUGGAUUAAACAUUAAAUUAUUAAAUCUAAGCAACAUAAACCUGACAUCCUGCUCAUUUGACGGAAAACUAAAUAAUUUGAGAAAAUUAGAUCUAAGCGGAGAGGAUAUACAGGAUUCUCUUCUUCAAGACAUUCUGAAGAUGUGUGGAACAUAUUUGAACCGGUUAAACUUAAGAGAAUCUCAGGUUACUGGAGAAGGAUUGGUCGACUACACCUAUGUUCUCUCCCAGCUAGAGGAGUUAGACCUUUCUCACUGCUCCUCUUUAACAGAACACGGUAUUAAGGAGAUCCUUCAAAUCUCUGGCGCCUCUCUCAAAUAUUUAGAUCUUUCCAAACACUCAUCAACGUUUGAAUUUCUAUCUGAGCUAGAUCAACCAUUGGGAAACCUGACUGAGUUGAAUCUUUCCAACUGCAAGCAAUUGACUGACGUAGGUCUCCAAGAGAUUCUUAGAAUCAGUGGUGGAAGCUUACGGAGGCUCGACAUCGAAAGAACAUCCGUAUCUGAUGAGUUCAGAUCAGUUUUAGAAGGAAACUUUACAAAUAUUCAAAUUAUGGAUUAAAUUGACGGAUUUAAUCACAUCUUCAAAAAUUUUGAGUCGGUGCCACAAACUCAAACUUUCUAAUUCCUACAUCUUUCCAAUCUGAUGUUGUAUAUGCUUGAUAUUUAAACUUCAGAUUAAAUCGGAUCAAACAGAAUUCAUAGCAUAUCAGGCCUACGACACUGGAUUGCAAAGAUAUAAAUAUUAGACUUUGUGGCAAAGACUCAAUUUCUUUACAUACGUUUAACAUCUUUUCAAAGAGUAAUUAUUUAUGGACGAUGGUUUUAAGAUUUUUUUAUCAUUUACCAAGCAUAUGAUGUGAUCAGAAUCAACCUUACCUAGAAGAACAAGAUCUCUACUAUCACAGCUCAGGUCAGGAUACAGCUUCAACCUCAACAGCUACUUAUCUAGAAUGCGCGAGGAUGUCAUAGACGAGUGUCUGGAUUGCCAGAUCCAUUCACACACCACAAAACAUUUAUUCAACUGACCUGAAAACUCUACUCCCUUCACAGUAAGAGACCUUCGGAACAAUCCCACUGAUGUCGCAAAAUUUUUGAGUUGGAACGUUGAAGAUUAAAAUGAAUAUGGAUGAGAGCCGGCCCGGGCUACAACAACAACAACAUGUGAUUUUUAUGGUUUAGAUAUUUAUUGAAAUGAUUUUCUGCUUGUGAAAUAAUUUUGGAUAUUUUAAACAUCUUUUUCAAUUCAGAUAAAUUUUAUAAAUUCUGGGGGAAAAUUAUGAUUUUGUUUUUAAAUCGCUUGUUCUUUACCACAAAUGUAUUAAACUCGUUUGUGUGAUAAUCUAUACAAUUAUAUUUUGAGGCCAAUUAAAAAAGAUCAAAAAUAGAAUAUUAUCAUUCUUUUAAAAGCUUUAGAUGUGACUUUAUGCACUAAAAAGUUUGUUUACAGUAUACUCCGUAUAAAAAAUAUAU